GCAGUCAGUUUCGCGGAUAAUCUCCUUGACGUAUUGCGUCAAAGCCAAACCAUUCUCAAAAAUAUACCAUACACCCAACGCGUUCGGGAAAAUGCAACGUCCGAUCCGAAUGUCGAAAUUUUCGAAGCGUGUAUUCAAUUCAAUUUUCCACGUUCUUCAAUUUUUCCGGUCUGCGGUAGAAUUUUCAUUUUUUUUUUUUUUUUUGUGGGUUACACCCUUCCGUUCGUCGCAAUUAGCCGUAGCUACGUAUGCAGACGACGCGAUAUAAUCCCAUUGUUAGUAGGUCAAAGUAAGCGUUUCGCAGUUCGUCCCCGUAGCGCACGUAUAUAGUAGAGGCGACGCGCCCGAAUCCCAAGGGAUUUAAAGGGGGUUAACUGCGGAGGGAUAAUUCAGUGCAUCGUUCAAGCGGUAACGAAACGUCAGAUAAUUCAAGAUGGAGUCAUACAGUCAGGGCUGGCCGGCCGAGAGUCGUUGCAUCUGCUCGGAAGAAAUGCGCGUACACACACGCAGACGAAGCUCUACAUCGAAAAUAGAAUCGAUGUUCAUGUUCGAAUGAUCUCUCUGAAUGCUUUUUAGCCGCCUUCGAACGCGUUUGCCUCCGACAACUUACCGACGCGGCUAUAUGGGUAUGUACGAACAUACCUGAAUUAUAUUUGACCUGAAUCAACCUUCCAACAUCCGCAUCAACGAGCGUUUAACCGCAUAAUGUACAGCCGCACAUAACGCGGUGCGAGAUACCUACUUCCCAAUUUUCAUCAUUUCCAGACCAAUGUAAUAACCGAGAAUCGCGGUUAACGCGAAAUUCGCUUUUUUCGGCCCACCCACCGGAAAUGGCGAGAAAAGAAAAUAAAUCCGGGAUGUAUGAUGAAUCAAUUUGAGGUGGAUGAAAUUUGUCCGGAUGACGCGGACGUGUAAGAGAAUUUCACGCUAGUCGACGAGAAUUUUAUCCGAAGUGUACAAGUUGCCGGUACGUACGGGCAAUUCAUUAGGCAAAUUUUUACAAAAGCGCCAGUCAAAUUAGUCUGGUGGUGACGAAAGGCGUACAACAAAGAGAGCAGAUAAUAGUCCCCGGGGUGCCUACGGGUGCCUAUGAAUGGGAAGCUCGACGCCGUUUGCCGUUUACCGCUUCGUCGGGGUCCUCCGCGCAUUCAUUCCUAUUCCGUCGAGGGGUGUAACCGACGAGUCGAAAGGACCGCCCUUUCGUCCUGGGGAGGGUAAACCGGGGGAUAUUUUCGUCCAAUAAGGUGAGGAUCCUUACUCAAAACGCCACCGACCACCCCAUCAAAAAGUCUAGUCGACGAUCACUGACAGUCACAAUUCGUUUAAGAGUUACCUUGGAAGCAAUAGCCGUUCUCUACUAGAUUUCGAUGAGAUAUACCGAGAGUUGGGAAAUCAGUGUUUCGUGUUCGAGAGAAAUCGUCGGAUUUUUAUACCCCUCGUUGUUUCGAGGACACAGUUACGAGGUGGCCGAUGUACCGUAGAUGGAAAUUUUAUUUUUAUAAAAAAAACGAAAUGAAUCGCCGUUUCGAUUUUUGAAUUGUGUACCGAAUAUCGAACUUACCGAGUGAACUUACAAGUGGUGCGAUUGAUUCGUGCCUCUUUGAAUUUGUUUAUUUUUUUUUUUUCGUCGUUUUAUUUUUUCGAAAAUGCAGAGUCAGGAAACUCAACUGGGAAGUCACAUCUCGAUGUCGCACAUGUCAAAUCCACCUCAACCAAAAAUGCCGGCAUCGUCAAGUAGAAUUUUGUACGAUAUCCCUUGCAAGGUGUGCCGCGAUCAUUCGUCGGGAAAACAUUACGGAAUUUUCGCCUGCGACGGGUGCGCCGGAUUUUUCAAAAGAUCCAUCAGACGCAACAGACAGUACGUUUGCAAGGCAAAAUCCGAGGGAGGAUGUAUGGUCGACAAAACUCACAGGAAUCAGUGCAGAGCUUGUCGACUCGCCAAAUGUAUUCAAGCUGGAAUGAACAAAGAUGCCGUCCAACACGAACGUGGCCCGAGAAAUUCCACCCUUCGCAGACAAAUGGCACUUUAUUUCAAAGAGCCCGAAGUCAUGGUUUCCGGCGUUCCGCAACCUACGCCCGUCGGUGCUCUGGAUUUAGCUUUACCGAAACCACCGUCCGAACCCAGAGUUUCGAUGGCCGGUCCUCCUCCGCAUCAUCCGAUGCCUCAUCCUGUUUUCUGCAACGGAAUGAACGUCCCCAAGCUUCCAACCAAUCUGUCCGGUCUUCCAAGCAUGCCGAUGGUGACGUCAAUAACUGCGGAAUCCGUCUGCGAGCAGGCGGCCCGUCUCCUCUUUUUAAAUGUACGUUGGGCACGAGGUUUAGCUGCAGGUACGGGGCUGUCGUUGGAGGAUCAAUUGACCCUGUUGGAAGCUUCGUGGCGGGAGCUUUUCCUGUUGGCCGCUGCCCAAAUGCUUCCCGGUUUGGACCCGACGCCGUUGCUUCCCGCUGGACCGCAGGGACUGGGAUUAGCCGUGGAAGUUAGCCGUUUUCGAGCGGCGUUGAACGGUUUUCAUUCGAUGAAUUUGGACCCACACGAGUUCGCGUGCAUAAGGGCGAUCGUCCUAUUCAAGGCCGGUCUGGAGAGCGAAUCCGUACCGAGCAGCAGCAGCAGCAGCAACGACUCCGCGUCUCCGAGUUCGGGAAAUCGUUUGAGGGACGCCUCCUGCGUGGCAAGACUUCGGGACGGCGCACAACUCGCCCUCGGACAAAGAUUGAGCGGCGCUCCCCUCGGCGCGUUGAGAUUCGGUAAAUUACUCCUUCUACUUCCCGCAUUGCGAUCCGUCUCUACGCACGCCAUCGAGGAAUUGUUUUUCAGAAGAACGAUCGGUAUUAUACCGAUAGAAAAAAUUAUCUGCGACAUGUACAAGGCGGCAGUUGUCUGAAAUUAUUGAAAACUGGUCACCGUUGUACAUGUAUACUCCAAUAAUUUACAUCGCAAUAGGUGAUAAUCGUAUUUAGAAAAUCUCUGUGAUGCAAACAUAUCACGUUCAACGCGAAUAAAAUGUCAUUAUUGAUAGGACUAUUAUUAUUAUUGUUGUUGUUAUCAUCAAUAAUAUCGUCAUCACGAUAAAUUAACCGUGUGACGUUGGGAAUAAAUGUUCGGAAGAAAAUUGAAAAACUAAUUGGAAAAUUGAAUAAAUGAACAAUAGAUUAGAAAUGUAUCACGCGGUUGAGGAUCAGCGAUAAAACAGAGAACAAGAAAAAUAUAUAUAUAUCAUUAGAUAACGUGCGACUGAUAUUUUUCUAUCGAAUUUAAGGGAAAAAAAAAAUAAUAAUUAAUAGACAAAAUGUAAUAUGGGAAAACGCACAAGGUGCGUGAAUUGCAAUAAUUAAGUUUCUAUAAAUGCAACGACAUGAAAAUAAGAUUACAGAUAUUGAGUAAUAAUGAUUCGCUAUGACAAGAACAAAUAAAAAAAGUCGGAAAAAAUAGCGUUAUUACAAAAAAUAUUCGUAACUUGUAAAUAUGUAGAAAUAUACAUAUAUAUAGCUGGACUAGCUGUGAAUUUAAGUCAAAAACGUUACGUGAAUGCGGAUUAUUAAUUUGUUUAAAAAUUGAGACAUCGAGGAAGUCCUCUCGUCGAGAAGUUUUUAUAUUAUCUUCUUGAGAAAAAAAAAAGGCAAGAAGUCUCAACAAAAAAACAAAAAUCGAGCUAAAUCUGUAGUAUCGAUUCGUAAGACAUCGGAGAUAAUAUUCGAUCCGCAACGCUCUGCAGCAAUCUGCAAACAAAGCUUUAAGUUUAUGAACACAUGUAAAUACUAGAAUUACGUAUGAAAAUAAAAAAAAAUUAAUUCAAAGUUA